CUGUGUGUGUGUGUGUGUUAUAUGUUAAUAUUGCUGUAUUUGCUUGUGCAUUGCUUUCUGCUCAAUGUUCUCCGCGGGCAACGGAAAAAUCAAGUUGCCGCCACAUGAUACGGAGGCGGCCGCCUCAUCGACGCUGCGCUGCCUCCUGAAUGGCCCAUUUCGGGAUCUGCACUUUAAUGUCAACGAUCAUCGGCUUAUUCCCGUCCACGAUGUCGUCUUCCUCGACGACAUUGAGCGUAGCGUGAAGCCGCUCAUUUACAGGCCAGUCCUCGCCGAGGCGACGCUGACGUCGACGUCGGCGUUGACAUCAUCGCUAAAGUCAGCUGAUGGCAGAAUUUGCAGUUGAGCUACAAAAGCAGCUGACAUUUUUUUGAUUAUGUUAUUAUUAUUUAAGUUCGAUUAUUAUUAAUA